AUGUAAUUUUCAGCAGAUCCACAAUAUUUUGAAAUGUCCAAAUAUCCCAAUAACUUGGGCUAAUAAACUGUAAAUCCAGUGAUGAAUCCUAUUGUUCCUUAAGCUAAUCUGUCUACUCAGCCCAAUAUUUCAAGUGGGAAUGAUCCUUCUAGUCCAGAAUAGACUAGACAAGCAUUCCUCUUUAAAUAUUACGUAAAACAAAUUAUACAACUUGCUGGGAUCGCCUUAAUCUAUGGAAUCAAUUAAAUUAAUGCUUUGUCCUCAAUAUAUUUAACUGAAGUAAAUAGAGAAUGGUGGGGAUCAAAAUAUACAUAUGAGAGUUAAAGGGAAUCCUUUCCUACACGAAGGGAGUUUGAAAAUUGGAUGGAAGAAAGAAGAAGAGAAUACAUGGACUAUAAGUUCAAUUGGGUUUACUACUUUAUAUUGGCUCUUACCAUAUUCUUCUCUCUAUUCCUUGUCUUUACUAGAAAUUCUAAGUCUUCUGUAUACAUUCUAUCUUAUUAAUAGGUUCGGAAUUAAAAUACAUUCUUCACGAUUCAAACAGUCUUAUUAGGAAUUGUGUUUGGAGGAUUGUCUAGUGUCCAUUAGUAAAACUGGCAAUACCAUAAUACAGUAUUAUUCAUUCUCUUGACAUUGUUUGGAUUAAUGGCCAAUGGUAUUUUUAAUUUAGUAUUGAUCAAACUUAAUAAAUUGUAAAUUUAUGGAAAAUUGCCCAAAACUUUUACUUAUCUAUUUUUUGGAUUGAACUUUUUGAUGGGAUUCAGAGAAUAUGAAAUGGUUGAAGCUUUACCAAUAGUCGAAUUUAUUGUGAUCUACUGCUUUUUUUAUUUUGAUCAAUUAAAUAAAUCCCUUUUAGUGUAACCCUCAGAACUCCCACCAACAACAAAUAUCGUUGAUCUCCUUAGAAAUAUUAAAAUUGAAUUGAAUGAAAAUCAAGUUUAGUCUAAUUAGAAUUUUAUAGUGAUAAAUAAGAAAGUAUUGACAAUUGUUUCUAUUGGGCUUGGGCUCAUUCUUCUGGAAUUGCUGGGCUUCUUGUUAGGCACCUUUAUAUUCAUAGUAAUUUCAAUUUUAUCCGUGCUUACAGCGCUUAGUUUUGCUGUUCCUACAUAAGUUGCUCAAUAAGUAUUUAACUUUAAUAUAUUUUUAAAGACUUUGACAAUAGAAGAUUCAAGCAUUGCCGUUAUGAUGACUUAUUUAGAUAUCUUGUGUCCAAUCCAAAAUCUAAUAAGAAAGAUUAAAAUAUGA